AUGGUGCUUGAAUUAUUCGAUCACAUCCAACAAGCGCCUUUGAUGCUCUUUCCUCCCCAAAUCAUGUUACUGCCAAAAAAUUUAUCAAUUUUGGGUCGAAUAUCAUACGAAGCCAUUGAAGAAUAUAUUGCGAAAAUUAAGUCUAUUUAUUUCAACUCAAAGGAAAUAGCUGUUAUUUGCUUUAACUACAUUGGGAAAGAUAAGAAAGAAAAAUCUGAUUUUCAAGCAUUGUUUGAAUAUUUAAAUAAUAAAAAACGGUGUGCUGUGAUUGGAUCUAUUGGUACAUUAAUUAAGGACAUGUAUUUAUGGCCCUUACAUUCUACAUCACCAAUUCCAAGUUUACUUGUGCCUUUUGAUGGUCCAGGUUUGGAUGUAAAUAGAGGCGAUGUGUUGUUAGGAAUAAUUGUACAACAAGUUUCAAAUGCCGUUUCAAAUGCUGUUUCCUUCCACACUGACUCGGUCAUCACAGAUCCAACAGAAGAUGUAGAAGCAAUUGUUAAAAAAUAUAAAAAACAGCAAGACUGCCAAGAUGAACAUGACAUUAAACAGCUUUCAUUGAUCGAUACUAAACAAGAUUUGCAGACCUAUUUCAAUUUUUCAAAAAUCAUCUUCUGUGCAGGUACAGAAGAGGCAAUAGAUGACAUAACCAAUGGAGUUGAUGAAACUAUUCAUUUAGAAACAACAUCGAUCUCAGAAUCAUUGAAUGCUAGAUUUGACGCUAAGUGCCACAAUUCUCAAGCUGAUUCAACUGAAGCUGCAAUGUAUAAUCUUUCAGUUUCUUUAGAAAACAUACCUCUUCCACCUGAUACUAAAGUUGGUACCACCAGCACUGGUAGCAGUAUAAAUAUCCGAUGUGAUAAAAUAAUUGAGCAUAUUCAGGUCGACAAAAACAGCAUUAGUCAUCCUAAAGAAAUUACUAUCGAUGUAUCUUCAAAUACGAAGUUUGAUAAAAAAAAAGUUGAAACGAAUCCACAAAUAUUAAAUAAAACGCAUGCCAGAACAUCAACCGAGGAACUUCUAACAUCCCUCAACAGUUUAAUAGAAAAUUAUAUUGCAGCACAAACAGUUGGAACAACUGAUUCAAAUGAUACUGCAACAAACAUUACUGGUUCUAAAAACGAUCGCAUUAUAAACAGUAACACCGACGGCAGGGGCAGUGUAGAUGGCGAUCAAAUUGAAGGUGCCGAAACGUCUGUUCAUUUGAAUGAAAAUAGUUGUAAGAUAAAUACAUACAAUCCAAACUUACCAAAUAAUUUGUGGAAUUGUAACAUAACAAAAGACCAGCAGAUUCUUAUGAAACAAGCUCUUAGAUUUGUAAAAAUGACAAAUGUUAAUGAUAACCCAGAUGGUUGCCAUACCAAAUGUGAUAACUCAUCCUAUGCCAGCCCUAUUCAAAGAAACGACAUUUUUGGUCAACAUUUUUUUCACGAUAACGGAUGCGAAAUGGUAUCAAAGCCAUCCUUCAAGCCUAUAACUAUCGAGUACAACCAUCACAGACAGCCUGAUCAUAGUAGCAGUUUAGACAAUGAUCACCAUUAUAUGUUUGCUUCUCAAGUACCGUUGAAUUAUAAACCACAAAAUUAUCAUUCAGUUUCAUCACAGUCUAGAAGUCAAUCUGAUUUGUGUCAUCAACAGCCAAAUUACGGUUCUAACAAAACGUAUCUUGAUUCGGAUCCUCCAUCGUCUUCAAAUACAUAUUUGCAUUUUGAAAAAUACGGCAAAAACCAACAGAAGAAAAAUGACUAUCGUAAGAAUCAUCAUGGCCAUAACCACCAGCCAUUAGGUCAUCAACAAAAUUUCCCCUCUAACCAAAAAAUUAAUACGAAUUCAAAUCGGAGAUAUAAUUUUACAGACAAAAAACCAUUCAGGUACCAGAAAUAUUAA